CGGGUCAGCCUUCACAGAGGGUGACAUGGCACGCCCACAACCAACUGCCUGCACUCCCUCCUAAGUCCCUUCUGGCCUCCCGCCUCCUGCUGCUUCUGUGGUCCUCACUCCUCCUUCACCCCCAGCCAUCACCAUGGCAGCGCUGAUUGCAGAGAACUUCCGCUUCCUGUCGCUCUUCUUCAAGAGCAAAGAUGUGAUGAUUUUCAACGGACUGGUGGCCCUGGGCACAGUGGGCAGCCAGGAGCUAUUCUCUGUGGUUGCCUUCCACUGCCCCUGCUCACCAGCCCGCAACUACCUGUAUGGGCUGACAGCCAUUGGUGUGCCCGCGCUGGCGCUCUUCCUCAUUGGAGUCAUCCUCAACAAUCACACCUGGAACCUUGUCGCGGAAUGCCAGUACCGGAGGACCAAGAACUGCUCGGCUGCCCCCAACUUCCUCCUGCUAAGCUCCAUCCUGGGCCGUGCAGCCGUGGCCCCGGUCACCUGGUCUGUUAUUUCCUUGCUGCGGGGUGAGGCCUAUGUCUGUGCUCUCAGCGAAUUUGUAGACCCCUCCUCACUCACAGCAGAGGAGACCAGAUUCCCACCAGACCAUGCCACUGAAAUCCUGGCCAGGUUCCCCUGUGGAGAGGGCCCUGCCAACCUGUCAGGCUUCCGGGAGGAGGUGAGCCGCAGACUCAAGUACGAAUCCCAGCUCUUUGGGUGGCUGCUCAUAGGCGUGGUGGCUGUCCUGGUAUUCCUGACCAAGUGCCUCAAGCACUACUGCUCACCGCUCAGCUACCGCCAGGAGGCCUACUGGGCGCAGUACCGCUCCAGCGAGGACCAGCUCUUCCAGCGCACAGCCGAGGUGCACUCACGGGUGCUUGCCGCCAACAACGUGCGCCGCUUCUUUGGCUUCGUGGCGCUCAACAAGGAUGAUGAGGAGCUGGUUGCCAAGUUCCCUGUGCAAGGCACCCAGCCACGGCCACAAUGGAAUGCCAUCACUGGUGUCUACCUAUACCGUGAGAACCAAGGCCUCCCACUCUACAGCCGCCUGCACAAGUGGGCCCAGGGCCUGGCAGGCAAUGGCACAGCCCCUGACAACAUGGAGAUGGCACUGCUGGCCUCCUAAGGGCCUGCUCCCUUACUUCGCCCCAAACAGAACCCUACUGUCUGCUCCCACUGGCAUCAGAAAAGCAAGCAGGCCAGGGGCAAGGGCUAUGAGGUGCCCUGGGGUGCGGGGGCAUCCAGCAGGCAAUGGGAUCAGCUCCGAUGGGAAGCAGAGACCCGUGGAAACCCCUUCUGUUGCCACCAUCACACCUGGUCUGCGGUAUGGCUGACUCCCGGAGCUGCUCCUGAAUUAAGUACAAGUUCUGACUGGCUGA